AUUCUAACGCAUUUUAUAAGAAAAGUGGAAAAUUCAAUUGUGCAGCAAGCAAAUCAGCGAAAGGAUCUAGCCCAAAGGCAAUUGUUGAUAUAAAAUGGGCGGUCAUGGACACGGUGAACCCUACAAAGUUCCAGAUGCAUCAAUGUACAAAGUUGAAAACGUCCCAAAAUUAGUGGAAGUCAGAGAAGCUUUAGCCCGGCAGGGCCUUAGAGAUCCCUGGUUGCGCAAUGAAGUCUGGCGCUACGAUGCUAAACAAUUCGGCACUCAUGCCACACGUUUGAGGGCUUUCAUGCUGCGUGGUUUUGUUUGGGGUUUGGGACUGACAGCAAUUACUGUUGCUUGUGAAGCUGCUUUGGGCGGUGAUGAUCAUCAUGGUCAUGGACACGGCGAACAUGGUGGACAUUAGUGAUUUAGUAAAAAAUAAUGUACAUUUAAUUAAGACGCUAAAAUUUCUUGGAAAUGUAUGCAAAAUGGAAACCAUCUA